CUGGCUGAGGCCAUCCGGGUCGCUCCCUCCAGGCUCACUUGGCUCUGUUUUGCCUGCAGGGAGCAACGUGAUGGCUGGCGGUGAGUGCAAGCUUCUGCUUGAAGGCGCUCAGCAGCUGGUGCUGGUCUGCGCCAAAGGCGAAAAAUACCUUCUCGAGGCUGGCAUGCAACAUCUGGCAGUCUUGGAAAACGCCAGUGUGGUGAUUGGCAAAGACGGGUACAUAAAGGCAGUCGGGGAUGCAGAUGCUAUUCGCAAGCAAUUUUCUGGAGUGUUUUUUGAAAGAAUAAUUGAUUGUUCAGGAAAAUGUAUCUUACCAGGUCUUGUCGAUGCACACACACAUCCCGUAUGGGCUGGUGACAGGGUUCAUGAGUUUGCACUGAAGUUGGCUGGAGCCUCUUACAUGGAUAUUCAUCAAGCAGGAGGAGGAAUCCAUUUCACUGUGGAACACACUCAGAAAGCCCUGGAAGAUGAGCUCCUCAAAAGUUUCAAAUGCCGGCUCCUGCGCAUGCUCAGAGCAGGCACCACUUUGGUUGAAUGCAAAAGCGGAUAUGGCUUAAACCUAGAAACAGAAAUUAAAAUGCUCCGAGUGAUUGAGCGGGCCAGGCAGGACAUGGCCAUCAGUAUUUCCUCUACUUACUGCGGAGCCCAUUCUGUUCCUAAGGGCAAAACUGCCAUUGAAGCUGCUGAUGACAUUAUCCAGCGUCAUCUUCCUAAACUGAAGGAACUUGACCUGAAUGGUGAAAUACAUGUUGACAAUAUAGAUGUUUUCUGUGAAAAGGGUGUUUUUGAUCUGAAUUCUACAAGAAGAAUUCUUCAAGCUGGGAAAGAUAUAGGGUUACAGAUUAACUUCCAUGGGGAUGAACUGCACCCAAUGAAAUGCGCUGAGCUCGGGGCUGAGAUGGGAGCUAGAGCUGUCAGUCAUCUAGAAGAAAUUAGUGAUGAAGGUAUCACUGCACUGGCUCGGGCAAGGUGCGCUGCUGUCCUCUUACCAACCACUGCCUACAUACUGAGAUUAAAACAGCCUCAAGCUAGAAAAAUGCUAAAAGAAGGAGUGAUUGUUGCCCUUGGCAGUGAUUUUAACCCCAAUGCUUAUUGUUGUUCGAUGCUUAUGGUAAUGCACCUGGCCUGUGUAAACAUGAAAAUGUCCAUGAAAGAAGCUUUAGCUGCUGCCACCAUUAAUGCAGCUUAUGCUCUCGGAAAAUCAGACUCACACGGCUCCAUAGAAACUGGCAAGCAAGGAGACCUCAUUAUUAUAAAUUCACCGAGAUGGGAACACUUGAUCUACCAGUUUGGCGGCCAUCAGGAACUGAUUGAGUGUGUCAUCGUCAAAGGAAAGAUUGUCUACAAAAAUGAUAGCAUUUUGGACUUUUAGGUACUUCCUGUAAGACUGAAUACAGCAGUUGCCAGAAUAUCUAAAGCACACAAAGAGCAGUAAUCAACAAUGUCUCUCAGCUAUAUGGAAAAUGAACAUUAGAUCACAUCUGCUUGCAUACUCUAGAUUUUUAUUUUCCUUCUUUCAUGGUACCCUCAAACUUUUGUUGCCUCAAUCUUUUCUUCCAUGUUACCCUCAAUAUUUUCAGGGGAAACUAUGAAAUAAAUAGGCAUGUGA